ACAACUCCUAACGAAGCACCGAGCGAGGCAGCAACGUUCGCUGUGCAGACUUCGAGCUAUGAUGUGACGAGAAGAAACCAAAAAAAAAAAAAAAAAAAAAAAUCGCGGGGGAAGAAACGUGUGCAUUGAAACUCCCAUGCUGUGAACAACAAGCCCCUUCGGUCUUCCCAUGUCCCGCCUAAUGCAAGGACUUCAAGUGUUCAACUGGACGAUAACUACUGUGGCUUUUACUUCUGAACACAGUAGUUGACGUGGGUGCGCGGGAGACGUCUUCAAGAAACAUGGCAGCCACCCACAUUCCUCCUGUCACUCCCGCCCCUUCAUCUCGCCCAGAGCGGAGGAAGCGAGAUGAGAGGGCGAGGGAGGCGGCAGCAGCAACACAGGCCCUCGUGGCCCACUCACGACCCAGACAGGUGGGCUCCACGCCCCCCACCAGGCGCUCCUUCAGGCUGGCUGGCGGCGCCCCAGACCCUGGCUGUGGGCACGCCAUGCUGCCCCUGUGGCUGGAGGAGUCCAACGGUACCACCCUCCCGGUACAUUAUAAUUCAGUGGUGAGAGGGACAGAACAGGACUCCUCCUUUGAGAGGCGUUGGGACUCCCUCAUGAACAAGAGCAAGGUCCACUCCUCGUGUCAAACAGAGAGGCCGCCAGGCUGGGACGACGUGACUCACCGGAAUGCAAGCGUGAAGAAAGACAAACGUUCCAGGUUUUGCCCCUCUAUUGUGAUUCAGGAGCCCAGCAAGGCGUGGCCGGCCAUCCCUGUAAGCCACAAGCUCCCUGCUCCCCCUGCCUCUGUGCGUUCCCGAGCGGCGGCCCAGCAGACGCAUCAUUCUGUAGCUCACGAGCAAAACGCGCUCAGCAUGAGAAGAUUCUCUGAGCAAGUGCACGAAAUGUUCACAGAUGACUUUCUUCAGAUUCCUCUUGAGCCUGCCACCUCCACUUCCAGCCUUGGGUCAGAGUCUUCCACUUCAGAGGUGGCGCAGCUCUCGGCCUCCAUCACUGACGUGGCUCACCAAUCAUCCUUCACCUCAGAUGUACCUCAACACCUUUCAUCUAUUUCAUACGCUACUCAAGAGAUUCCCUCCUCGGACGUUGCUCACCAACUCUCUUCCACUUCACAUGUAACUCAGCAAUGCUACUCAAACUCGGGUGACAUUCAGCAACUCUCCUUCACCUCAAGUGUGGCUCAGCUCUCUUCAGUCAUCAGUGAGACUCGGCCUUCCACAUCCAGCACGGCGCACCAGGUCUCCUCUCGCGGCAGCGAUGCUCAAACGUCGUCCUCCAACGCCGGUGACUGUCAUAUGUGGCUCUCAUCUGACAGCUUCUUCUGCGAGGACUUCUCCUGCAGUGAUGGAGACCGCAGGAACGAUGAGGAGGCUGAGUAUCCUCAACUUGACUCCCUCCACAGUCCAUCUUGUCCCAGCGUGAUGCAGACUGUGAACUCCGAAACGUGGACCGUCAGAGAGCCGGAAGAGGAGACGGAAGAAGAUGAAAUGCAGUUGUCUGCAUCGUCAUCUCCUAACAGAGUGAUUGGGAACACCCGUUCCUUCGUCUCCAUGUCGAAUAGUUCAGACACCGCCAUCAACAGGGAAGUCGCGACUCUCCGUGUGGCAGACGCGCCGCGGCGCCAACACUGGGUCCAGUUUGAUAGUGGUCCAGUAGAACGGUGGACUCCUGCAACUCCUCCUCUGGUUAUUGCACCGAGUCCUCCACCGGCUGAGACAGAUUCCACCCAUGUCGAGGCCCCACUCCAGCCUUCCCCACCACCCAGCGUGCCGAGCCUGUCCAUUCGAGAGAGACCAAGGUCCAGUCCUACCCAUGCAGGCAACUACAGCGGCAGGCUGAUCAGGACCUACUCGCAGCGAGGAUGUCGAGCGAGUAAGCGUGUCAUCAACUCUGUCAGUCGGCGCAUGAGCGUUACCGAAUACGGUAGGCUUCCUGAGCCUCAGGCGCCCAUGUACUCCAGGGCGGCAAUGACCAUGCAGACUGGACCAGGCCUUUUCGAGGACACCGCUUCGCCCACAGAGCCAGAGUGUCCCCGUGGGGAGGAAAAGCGAGUCCAGCCUGAAGAGCUUAAAAAUAAGCCCAUGUCGUCUCUAAAGGAGCCUGCCGCUCCCCGCCGAGUGGGCUCCAUGCGAGCACCGCGCAUGUCAGGCGCACUCCUGAGGCGGUCUCUGUCGCUUAACUCCCCCCGCAAGGAGUCCAUCGAUGUGCCCUUCCAGAAACUGACAGAACAGCGUCCUGGCUCCUUCCGCAGGGCUCUGGGGGCUCUGGCUCGAAGCUUCAGAAGGAAAUCCAACAAACCAGAUAUGGCGACCAAUGACAACGGUUCCUUCACUCACGGGAAGCAGACGCCGCAGGCCCCAAGGCUGCCCCGCAGAGCUGCCAGACAAAGCUACUCUUCCACCCAUGAAUGGGACCGCCCCGCGAGGUUCGUUUGAAUUUGUUGCGCGUUUUCAGAUUGUGGAGUGUUUGCGGCGAGUCUUGAGACAACAUCCAGUGGCUGGUGCGGGAAACGAGCCACUUGGCAGCUGACUCUAUUCUGUUUGAUGUUGUGAUCUGUUCCCUACCCUCUCAAAUUGUGGUGUGCAAUAUUUCUGGCCAUUCUUACUUGAAGGAACUGCAUGAUUAGUGCAAGGCUGUUCUUUCUUGCCCACAGAUCCAGGAAGUUACGAUCGCCAGAGAUGUGUCGCGGACUUCUUAUCAUAAAGAUGAAAUAUGAUAUGUAUCUUGAGCGAAUUAAAUUUUCCACUUACGCAUUCU